AUCAACCGUUUUCCUGCUGACGCGUCUGCGCAUGACGCUAAGCUGCCAUGGCAACGGAGGCAGCACCUGAAGCCGAGGGACAAGCUUAGCCGCUGGCUAGCAUGCUGGUCGGGUUAGUUAACUAGUUGUACAACAUUAUUACAACUAGUUAACAAAACGUUCAUGGUCGAGUGAUGAGUCGUCGUGGUUGGUCAGCGGUGAGAGCGCCAUGACUGUCCGCUUCAAGUGUCAGAGUGAAUACCAGAAGAGCUACGGGGUUCCCCGGUCCAGGAGUCUGCCACCUCAGCGCUGCACCCCGUUGGCCGGCCUCCGCUCCUACCAGAUGGGUAUCAGCAGAGAACCAGGUCUCCAGCGUCGGAAGAGGCUCGGUCCUGCUGGUCUCGCUCAGUCCUGCACUUCUCUGCUCUGUCCAUCAGAUCCACAUCAGUCCCCUGCUGAACCGAUCGCUCAUGCCCACAUAAGAGCGCCCUCUGCAGCACCAGCCUCCAGGAGUCGCUCCGCCCACAGGAAGAAGCCUUCCCUGGCCCCAAGACCUCCAACACCUCCUCCUGAAUCUCGAGCAGAACCUGAAUCACCUGCACAACCAAAAACUCCAGAGAGGCCACAACGUGCUGCAGGAAAAUCUACAAAGCUCCACCCCUCCCAGCCUGACAGACAACCACAGCAGCCCAGCCGCCCUCCUACAGCAGCACCUGACCGACAGCAGCUCUCGGCCAAUGAGGUCGAGCAUGCUCUGCGGUGGAGGGCGGGGCUGAGGUCAGAAGGUCAAAGGUCGGGAGGUCAGAAAUCAGAGUACCACAGACAGUUCAGCUGGAAGAAACCUACAACUGCUGCGUCACCAAUACUGACUGCAGAACAGGUGCUGUAUUCCAGCAGCAGAACUGUCCCUCCCUUUAAGAAGAACUCCGUUGCCAUGGAAACAGAGUAUCAGCGGAGCUUCCAGGGUGUGGCCCCUCCCACCGAACCCCGCCUUCGGACACAUCUGGAACAUCAGCAAAUCCCGCUGUUCCACAAACACAUGACCAACAAAAAGAGGAAGGAGGAGUCACAGAAGAAGCCCCGCCCCAAUAACAACGCCCCCACCCCUCAGAAUGAUAAUGCAAUGCCCCCUCCUCCUCCUCAGGUGCAGGGAGGACCCAGGAUGUUCACAGAGUAUCAGUCCAGCUUUCGUUCUCCCCUCUACAGGAUCCCAGAAAAAGGCGGAGCCACGGACAGCGACGCCCCUCAGGUGAAGCAGCUGAAGCAGCUGAGGCAGGAGGCCUCGUCGUACCGCCGCCGCGCCUGGGGAACCAACUUCUCUAGAGAUCACCUGAACCAGCUGCGGUCCGAACACAACGCUCUGUGGGAGCCGACCGACACCACGGACUCUGCCACUGACCCCCCCACCCCACGCUUGACCUUUGACCUCUGUGAGGAUCCAGACAGCCGCAGCACGCCCUGUGUGGAGGCUCUGGACCUGGCCAGCCGCUCCGCUGCCUCCAGUAAGAGGUCGUCUGUCGUGGGCUCAGGAGAAAUAAACACAAACAAAAACACACAAACAAAAGCACAAACGUCUCAAAGUCCUUCUGCUGAAAGACCCAGCGCCUGGGAAGGAGGAGGAGAAGAAGAAGGAGAAGAAGAAGAAGGAGGAGGAGGAAAUACAGACGAGGAGGAGGGGAGGUUACCGACUCCCAGGCUGAAGAUACGACCAGUUCAGAGAACCCACCACGACCUCACCACACCUUCUACUGGAGGAGCUAUUCUAGUGGGAAAAGUGAAGAUCAGUGAUGAGUCUUCUCCACUCAAGCAACAGAGGUGUGGGUCAGCCGUUUCCGUGGCAGCAGGGGCGGACGCUGUGGUCGACAUGCCGUUCAAACGGAAAGAGGCGUGGUCAGAGAAUAAACGCCCUCCAUCACCUGGCCCCUCCCCUGACCACAAACCGGCUUCUAAACCAAUCAGGAUGAAGCAAACGCCUCCAACCCCUGUUGCCCCACCCCCUCUGGUCCCUCCCCCACUGCACUGCAUCCAGGGAACCCUGAGACACCCUGACUUCCAGCACAACGGUGAGUUGGGUCUGAGGUUCAGGGAGCUGCAGUGUUCAGGACGAGGCUGCGGCUCCGAUGACGACGACCGGCUCUCGGUGAUGUCGUGGCGUUCCGCGGCCUCCUGCUCCAUGGCGUCCGCCGUCCUGCAGCGCGCUCAGAAGAGACGAGAAAACUUCUGGGGGAAGAGAUGACCUCCGACCUCCUGACCCUAACGAGGUCCCUGCUGUCGCCGUGGAAACCAGCACUGUUGUUUGUAGAGCUGAGUGGUUAGUUAAUGAGUCAUUGCUGUAAUUAGUCAGAAUCAUGUAUUUUUAUAGAUGUAAGUGAUUAAUUUAAUUAGAGAGAAUCAUGUAUUUUUAUAGGUGAGUGUCAGUACCUGUGUCAGUGUUUACAGGUUUGUCAUAGAUGUUUUUAUAAAUCUAAUUAUGUAACGUUAGUCAUUGUGUAGCUGCGGCUCAGUUACAUCACAACCUGAAACCUGAGCUCGUCAGUUUCCUCCUGAGGGAACGAGCUCCCACUGGUUAAAGGAAAACUUCGGAGAAAUGUUUGGCAGCGAGGUUCGGUUCCUGUCAGCGGUUUGGUGUCUGUUUCAUCUUCCUGAACGUUUCUCACACGCUGCUGCAGCGACACUUUGACCUUUGACAUCAGAGAAUCCAACGCUCUGACAGCUCCGUCUUCCUAAUGACAGACUCACGGUGAGAACAAACAGACUGCCCAUUAAUUAUUUAAUUUUUUUAUUAGUUUGAUCUAUAAAACAUCAUGAACCUCAGGGUCAGAGGCUGCAGCCAAUCCCAGCUCACAUGAGGUGAGAGGCGGGACUUAUCCUGCACAGAUGAACAAACAUUCACACCUGCAGGAAAUUCACCAGUUAACCUGCAACAUAUAAACUCCAGGGUUCAAACCCAGAACCUCCUGGCUGUGAGGCGCCAGUGCUGAUCACUGAACCACCGCGUCGCUCCGAAGAACAAGUAAACACACUGAACUAUUCACUUUACAAAAACAAGAAUAAAGAAAAGCAGCUAAUUCUCACAUCUGAGAAGCAGAUAAUUAUAUUAUUGUUUUUAUUAAACAGGAAAUUCACUGAAAAAUUCCUGAAACAAUUUUUUUUCCCACAACUUCAAAUAUUUCUGUUUGACGUCAGAGAACUGACAUCACACAAACAUCGCCAUCACUUCCUCCGGACGGUGAGGAUGGAUUUACCUGGCAACUUCUCACACUGUGCAAACACACACACACACACACACACACACACACACACACACACACACACACAGGUUUAACCUGCAGAUAAACCAGCUGACUGUGAAUUCCCCUCAUAACAAUGUACAGGCCAGAACAAACAAAAUGUAGAUGUAAAGGUGUGUGUGUGUGUGUGUGUGUGUGUGUGUGUGUGUGUGUGUGUGUGUGUGUGUCUGUGUGAUUUCCUCAUACUGACAAAUUUCUGCUCUAAAGUUUCAUUCAAGGAAAUACGACAUGAAUAAAUCAGUCUGUGUUUAAAGUCAUAAAAUGAUCUUGAAUCUUGUGUUUUUUUGUUUCCAGUUUAUUUUUUUAUAAAAUUUAAAAAUGUAAUUGCUUCAUAAUUAGUUGAUAUAAAUUCCAAACCUUCAUGUUUUUCACCACAUGACAUUAAAAAUGUUUCUGUCCCGUC